AAAGAACCCUGGAAACGUCCUUGGUAGACACCAAGAAGCUAAGAUGGCGGCCGCAGCAGUGAGGAGUCUCGGCUCCAGUUUGGGUAAAAACCUCCGGGAGAUCCGCGUGCACCUCUGCCAGAACUCCGCAGCCAGCAAGGGGGCCAGAGACUUUGUGGAGCAGCACUAUGUGACCCUGAAGACCUCCAACCCAGACUUCCCGAUCCGGAUCAGAGAGUGUUCUGGAGUCCAGGCCCGGGUCUGGGCCCGGUAUGACUUUGGGAAAGAAAGCAGCGUCUCCGUGGACCACAUGUCAGCUGACCAGGUGGCCGUCACUCUGCAGACUCUGGUUCAGUCCAGACCUUGACCCGGAGCGGUUCAGUCCAGACUGGCUCCACUCUGUAUGUAAAUGUGUUGAUAUGAAUAAACCGUAUUAUUAAUGUCA